AAAUUAGAUUUUUAAGCCCACACACAUCUCAGCUAAAGAUCUUCUCUCUCUUCUUUCAUUCUCUCUCUCUCUCUAAAAACCAACUUUCUCUCUCUAAAACUAACAUUUCAUCCUCACAAUCGCCUUAUCUCCUCUUCAAUUCUUCCUCUAGAAUCUUCCUAAUCAUCUUCUCAGAUCUGUUCGCAGAAGUUUUCCUACAGCAGGUAUACACAAAUUCAGUUUAUAUGUAUGUGUACGGAGAUUUUGUAGGUUUGUUUGAGAUUUUGUGAUGAAAUCUAGAUUUAUGUACAGCAGAUUUAUGUACUGCAGGUAUACACGAUUUCAGUUUAUAUGUAUGUGUACUGAGAUUUUGUAGCUUUUGUGAUGGAAUUUAGAUUUAUGUACAGCAGAGAAUGCUGAAUUGCAUUUUUCUCAAUCGUCUCUGAUAGGUGGAUAGAUGGUCUAUGGUUGGUAGCAAAAGAUAAGAGUGAAGCUUGCAGUUUCACAAUCAUCUCUGCCAGUAUUAGCUAAAAGGAAGGGGUGAUCUAGACAUUAAAUAUGGCUGCUACAUCUGCCAAGUGGACAGAUGGUUUACGAUACUCAUCGUUGUUUUGGCCUCCCCCACUAGAUACUCCGCAGCGUAAGGCUCAAAUUACUGCAUAUGUUGAUUACUUUGGUCAAUUUACAUCAGAGCAAUUUCCUGAAGAUAUAGCUGAGCUGGUUCGCCAUCAAUAUCCCUCACAAGAAAAACGCCUGUUUGAUGAUGUCUUAGCAACAUUCGUCCUUCAUCAUCCAGAACAUGGGCAUACUGUAAUUCUUCCAAUAAUUUCAUGUAUUAUCGAUGGUACAAUGGAGUAUGAUAAAAACACUCCCCCAUUUGCUUCCUUCAUUUCACUAGUCUGCCCGAACGAUGAUAAUGAGUAUUCUGAACAAUGGGCCCUGGCAUGCGGAGAGAUUUUAAGAAUCUUAACUCACUACAACCGGCCGAUUUUUAAGGUUGACCAAGAUAGAAGCAUAAGUGGAAGUGAAACUUCAACAAGUAAAUCUCCUGAUGGUCAAAUGUCUUCUUCAGCUGUGCAGAAUGAGGUCAAACCUCUGAGGCCAUUGUCUCCAUGGAUUACUGAUAUCCUGUUAGCUGCUCCUUUAGGUAUCAGAAGUGAUUACUUUCGCUGGUGUGGUGGGGUCAUGGGGAAGUAUGCUGCAGGGGAACUCAAACCACCUUCUGUUGUUAUGGCUUCUUCUCGGGGAUCUGGAAAGCACCCACAGUUAAUUCCAUCAACUCCUAGGUGGGCCGUUGCUAAUGGCGCUGGUGUAAUUUUGAGUGUUUGUGAUGAAGAAAUGGCUCGUUAUGAAACUGCUACGUUGACUGCAGCUGCUGUUCCUGCUCUGUUACUUCCUCCACCAACAACAUCCAUGGAUGAACACCUUGUUGCAGGCCUACCAGCUCUAGAACCAUAUGCAAGAUUGUUUCAUAGGUAUUAUGCAAUUGCUAGUCCAAGUGCUACCCAAAGAGUUCUUCUUGGACUUCUAGAAGCACCACCAUCAUGGGCCCCGGAUGCCCUUGAUGCUGCUGUUCAACUAGUGGAGCUCCUAAGAGCUGCGGAAGACUAUGCAUCUGGCAUGAGGCUUCCAAGAAAUUGGAUGCAUUUGCACUUCUUGCGUGCGAUUGGAACCGCAAUGUCGAUGAGAGCUGGCAUUGCAGCAGAUUCUGCAGCUGCUUUACUUUUUCGGAUAUUAUCACAACCCGCUCUGCUUUUUCCUCCUGUUUCACAAGUUGAAGGAGUUGAAGCUCAACACGAAUCUCUAAGUGGUUGCAUUUCAAACCAUAAAAAACAGAGAGAAUUAUCAACAACAGAAGCAACAAUUGAAGCAACUGCACAAGCUAUUGCCUCAUUGCUUUGUGCACACGGGCCCGAAGUCGAAUGGAGAAUAUGCACCAUUUGGGAAGCUGCUUACGGUUUAAUUCCUUUAAGUUCUUCAAUUAUCGAUCUCCCCGAAAUUAUCGUUUCAGCCCCGUUACAACCACCUAUACUAUCAUGGAACCUCUACAUACCUCUUUUAAAAGUUCUUGAAUAUCUGCCACGUGGCAGCCCAUCUGAAUCUUGUCUCAUGAAAAUAUUCGUUGCAACUGUCGAAACAAUUCUUCACCGAACAUUUCCCGCUGAGUCAUCAGUUGACCAAACAAAACAUGUGUUCGGGCCCGCUUCGAAGAAUAUAGCAGUCGCCGAGCUUCGAACUAUGGUCCAUUCUUUGUUUUUGGAGUCAUGUGCUACUGUCGAGCUUGCUUCUCGGCUUCUUUUUGUUGUGUUAACAGUUUGCGUGAGUCACGAAGCACAACCACAUACCGGUAAAAGGGCACGCGAUGAAAGUAACGAAAGUCCAGGGGCUAACAGUAAAAAAACGAAAAAACAAGGACCGCUUUCGGCUUUUGAUUCGUACGUUCUUGCUGCAGUUUGUGCUCUUGCUUGUGAACUACAAAUCUUCCCGUUGAUUUCGAAAGUAGGCAACCGUUCAAACAGUUCAAACACAAACGAUGCGAAGCAGGUUGAAUCGCUUAAUGAUUUCCAGACUAGCGUUGACUCUGCGGUUAGUCAUACACGUAGGGUGUUGACUAUUCUCGAAGCGUUAUUUUCUUUAAAACCGUCUUCUGUUGGUACAUCAUGGAGUUGCAGUUCAAACGAAAUAGUGGCUGCUGCUAUGGUUGCAGCUCAUAUUUCCGAACUUUUUAGACGAUCGAAAGCUUGUAUGCGUGCACUCUCGGUUUUAAUCAGGUGCAAGUGGGAUAAAACAAUUCAUUCUACAGCAUCUUCACUAUAUAACUUAAUCGAUAUCCACAGUAAAACCGUUGCAUCAAUCGUCAACAAAGCAGAGCCUCGUGAAGCGUAUUUACUACACGCACCAAUUUGGAAAGAUGCCAUUGUGUGCCCUAAUGGUAAAAGACAAAACAAGGGAAUAAACGUGCAGUCGUCGAGAAUAAUUAGUUUCCCGUUUAAUGCUUCUGAGUUGGCAAAUUUUCUUACGGUGGAUAGACAUGUUGGGUUUAAUUACAGUGCACGAAUUUUACUGAGUUCGGUUUUGACAGAAAAACAAGAGUUAUGUUUUUCUGUUGUUUCAUUAUUAUGGCAUAAGUUGAUUGCAUCACCGGAAACACAAGUUAGUGCUGAAAGUACUUCUGCACAGCAAGGAUGGAGACAGGUGGUUGAUGCUCUAUGCAAUGUUGUGUCAGCAUCACCAACAAAGGCUGCAACCGCCGUUGUCCUUCAGGCAGAGAGAGAAUUGCAGCCUUGGAUUGCAAAAGAUGAUGAUCUUGUUCAAAAGAUGUGGAGAAUUAACCAACGAAUUAUUAAACUAAUUGUGGAGUUAAUGAGAAAUCAUAAUACCCCCGAGUCAUUAGUAAUAAUGGCUAGUGCAUUAGACCUCCUCCUUCGUGCUACAGACGGUAUGCUUGUAGAUGGAGAAGCUUGUACUCUACCACAGCUUGAGCUUUUGGAAGCUACAGCUAGAGCAGUGCAGCCAGUGCUCGAAUGGGGAGAAUCUGGAAAGGCAGUUGCAGACGGUCUCUCAAACCUUCUCAAGUGUCGCUUACCGGCUACAGUCCGGUGUCUUUCUCACUCAAGUGCUCAUGUCCGAGCCCUUAGCACCUCAGUCCUCCGAGCCAUUUUGCACGUGGGCUUGGUCAACCCAAGUGGUCAACCACCAUCCAACUUGAUUGCCGCAUGUCGUCCGGCAUAUCAGUACCUAAACAUCGAUGUUAUCGACUGGGAAGCAGAUGUAAGCAAGUGUUUAACAUGGGAAGCACAUAGCCGAAUUGCAACGGGAAUGCCGAUUCAGUAUCUUAAUAUCGCUGCUAAGGAACUGGGAUGCCCGAUAUCCAUUUAACCGCUAACCGCCGUUAUCUUUAAAGGUUUUCUACAGAUUAACGUAAGAUCGAGCAUUUUAACGUUAUGAUGUUUUGUUGUAUAUAGAAGUUUAUACAGAGAAACUAAUAGGAUUUGUGCUUGUAAUUUAAUGUAUAAUUAGUUUUUUGACAGAUUGAAUAAUGGAUUAGUAAAAAGAGUUACUAGUUUUCUUUUUGUAGGUA